AAUGGGUUUUGUCUACUGAACCAUUCCAGCCUUUCCACUCUCCCCAAUCAAACACCUCCUUCCUUAAUACGCUCUUUUUUUCUCUCUCUUCCUCCAUCCGCUUCCCCCUUUCUUGUUCCUCUCGUUCACAAUCGUUCUUUCUUUCUCUAUUCUAUUUUGGGCACUUAAUCGCCCUUGAAAUUGCAAGGGAAGAACAGCCAGGGCAACCAAUUUCCAAUUCAUAGAGUUUAAUAUUGUGGUUUUAAGUUUUACUUCUUGUUUACUCAGCUAUGCCCUUGAUUUGAAGGAUCCAUAGAUCUAUACCCCCUUACUGUUCAGAUCUUCCUUCCUUUCGAUUCGAUCAGCUCUGAAGGGGAAUGGGUUUUAUUUUUUUGAGAUGGAAUUUCAGGCAUAGGGGCUUCUCUGAUCGAAGUUUGGGGGAAAAGCUGAAUUUUGACCUCCCAUAUUUUCCAAGUCCCCCGGCCUCUUUUUUUCUUUUGCGUUGAAUUUUGGCGGCCGUCCGCGGGAUUCUAGUCUUGUGCCUUUAGCUUUAACGUGAAGAAGCUGAGACGGAGUUCCAGCGCCAUCGGAUUGAGCUAAUUAAGCUUGUGGCGAAGUUACCCUAAGUGGUGAUUAGAUGUGAUGUGAUAGGGAUGAUCUGGAGGGUGGUCUGGAUGAGAUGAGGGAUGUUAUCAGGGUUAAUGAACUUUCUGCUGUCCUGUUUCGGGCCAAGGGCAGAUCGCGGCCGAGGUCACUCAGUUUCGGAAGCAAGUGGUCGCCAGGAAGGGCUUCUGUGGUAUAAGGACUCAGGCCAACACGUCAAUGGGGACUUCUCCAUGGCUGUAGUUCAAGCUAAUAAUUUAUUAGAGGAUCAGAGUCAGCUUGAAUCUGGUUCUCUGAGCUUGAGUGAUUCCGGACCAUUCGGCACUUUUGUCGGCAUUUAUGAUGGCCAUGGAGGCCCCGAGACAUCUCGGUAUAUUAAUGAUAAUCUAUUCCAACAUCUAAAGAGAUUUGCAGCGGAGCAUCAAUCAAUGUCAGUUGAGGUAAUCCGGAAGGCGAUUCAAGCAACCGAAGAUGGUUUUUUCUCAGUGGUCAGUAGGCAGUGGCCAACGAGACCACAGAUUGCAGCGGUUGGAUCAUGUUGUCUAGUGGGACUCAUCUGUGGUGGCACGCUAUACAUUGCCAACCUCGGCGAUUCCCGAGCUGUUUUAGGGAGACUUGUCAAGGCUACAGGAGAAGUACUUGCGAUUCAACUUUCGACAGAGCAUAAUGCAAGUCAUGAGUCUGUGAGACAGGAGCUGCAGUCUCUGCACCCUGAUGACUCACAAAUCGUGGUUCUAAAGCAUAAUGUGUGGCGGGUAAAGGGUCUUAUACAGAUCUCAAGAUCAAUUGGAGACGUGUAUUUGAAGAAGGCUGAAUUCAACAAAGAACCACUGUACCAGAAAUUCCGACUCAGAGAACCUUUCAAGAAACCUAUUUUGAGCUCAGAACCUGCAAUUACUGUGCAGCAGUUGCAGCCUCAUGAUCAGUUCAUUGUAUUCGCAUCAGAUGGCCUUUGGGAGCACCUUUCCAACCAAGAGGCUGUCGAUCUUGUUCAGAACCAUCCCCGAAGUGGCAGUGCUAGGAGAUUAGUGAAAGCUGCAUUGCAAGAAGCUGCAAAGAAAAGGGAAAUGAGAUACUCGGAUUUGAAGAAAAUAGACAGAGGUGUUCGGCGCCAUUUCCACGAUGACAUUACAGUGGUGGUGGUGUUUCUCGACUCGCACCUGGUGAGCAGAGCAAGUGGUUCUGCCACAAACACAUCGGUUAAAGGGGGCGGUAUCACCCUCCCUCCCAAUGCUCUUGCACCUACUACCUAAACAGACAGACAGACAGAGGUAGCUUUGCUAUGCAUUUUCGAAAGAUGCUGUGCCGCCGCCGACCGAUGACCUCCCCUCCCCUGGGAUUCUUUAGUCUCUAUACUGUAACCCUUUUUUGUGUUUUCUUUUUUUUUUUUUUUUUUCUUUUUCUUUUCAAUUGUAACUUGGAGCAAGACAAACUUAAGGUGACAAUCAUCAUCAUACUUGUGUUGCCUCCUCCCCCUCCAAUUUCCAUGUUAUCAUUCAGUUUUGUAAAUCUUGUCUUCUUGAA